CUCCCCGCCGCCCCUUCCCGUCGGUGCCAUAGAGACGCAAGUCCGCCGGCAGCUAGAGAAGCCCUCGGGAGGCAGCUCCGGGAGGCGGCCGGGCCGGAAGCGGAAGCGGUGGCGGCUGCGCGCGGGGCCGGCGGCCGUUUGCGGUGUCCGGCACCCGAGCGCUGCUGGUGGAGAGCCGCGGCCCCUCUGCGGCCCCGCUGGGCUCUGCUUGUUGCUAAGUGGUCCUCGGAGCCGUGUGGCGUCAGCCUCUGCCUCCCCUCCCUGCCGAGACACAAGGGUAGCUGCUCUGUGAGCCAUCACUGCCAACCUCAUUUACCCCUCAGAUUGCCAUCAGCUCCUCUCGUAUUUUAUUUUAUUUUUUUUUACCUCUGAGGCCUUACCGAGGUGUGAUUAUCUGUAGGUUCUGGUGGUUAUAAAGUAGUUUAAGAUGUUUGUGCCGCUCGGUUUUAACUCUCUAGUUGGCUGCUGUGUAAAGAGACCAUGGUUUUACGUGGGAUUGGUUAAAUGUGCAAAGAGUUCGAUUGUUUACGGAUAAGGGCUGUUUUGUUUGACUACUGUUGGCCUACAACUUAAACUUGCAUCUUUAUUUUUUUUUUUUAUCCUUUAUGCUUUUUCUGUGUUAUGGCUGCUGCAACAAUAGUUCAUGAUACAUCAGAAGCUGUAGAGCUCUGUGCUCCCUGUGGGUUGUACCUUAAGCCCAUUACAAAAAUGACCAUCAGCGUGGCACUUCCUCAGCUGAAACAACCGGGAAAAUCUAUUUCGAACUGGGAAGUGAUGGAAAGACUGAAAGGCAUGGUGCAAACCCAUCAGUUUUCCACUCUGCGGAUAUCUAAAAGCACGAUGGAUUUCAUCCGGUUUGAAGGAGAGGUCGAAAACAAAAGUUUAGUCAAGUCUUUUCUGGCGUGCCUCGAUGGCAAAACAAUAAAGCUGAGUGGCUUCUCGGACAUCCUGAAAGUCCGCGCUGCAGAAUACAAGAUUGACUUUCCCACCAGGCAUGACUGGGAUUCGUUUUUCCGUGAUGCAAAAGAUAUGAAUGAAACUCUGCCAGGCGAAAGGCCAGAUACCAUCCAUCUGGAAGGCUUGCCCUGUAAGUGGUUUGCAGCAAAGGACUCGGGCUCAGAAAAACCAAGCGAAGAAGUCCUUAUAAAGGUUUUCAGGAAAUUCGGAGAAAUACGUAACGUGGACAUACCCAUGCUGGACCCUUACAGAGAAGAAAUGACGGGCAGAAACUUCCACACCUUCAGUUUUGGAGGCCAUUUAAAUUUUGAAGCCUACGUGCAAUAUCAGGAGUAUGCGGGUUUCAUUAUGGCCAUGAACGCUCUGCGAGGGAUGAAGCUGAUGUUCAAAGGCGACGAUGGCAAAGCUGUGGCUUGCAAUAUAAAGGUUUCUUUUGACUCAACAAAACACCUCAGUGAUGCAUCAAUUAAGAAGCGUCAGCUUGAAAGGCAAAAACUUCAAGAGCUUGAAAAGCAGAGAGAAGAACAAAAACGCAAAGAGAAAGAAGCUGAAGAAAAACAAAAAGAGGAAGAAAGGAAGCAGAGAGAGCUUGAAGAAUAUGAGAGAGAAAGAAAAAGAGAAGAAAAGUUGCGCAGAAGAGAACAGAAACAGAAGGAUCGUGAACUUCGACGAAACAAAAAACAACUUGAAAAACUUCAAGCUGAAGAGCAGAAAAAACUGCAAGAGAAGAUAAAAUUAGAAGAAAGGAAGCUCCUACUAGCUCAGAGGAAUCUUCAGUCCAUUAGACUAAUUGCAGAACUGCUAAGCAGGGCAAAGACUGUAAAACUUUUGGAGCAAGAACAAAAUGAAGAAAAGAUCCGUCUUCAGCAACUAGAGGAAAGAAGAAAGCUUCAGGAGGCUGAGCUCAAACGAGUGGAAGAAGAAAAAGAGAGAGCACUGGGUCUGCAGAGAAAAGAAAAGGAACUGAGGGAGAAACUACUGAACAAUCUUCUGAGCAAGAAAAUGGAUGCAGUUCAUCAAAGCAAAGAAGAAACGGAGCCCUCUCAGUCUGACUUGCUGAAAACUUCUAGUGGUGUUCCCCACACUGUGUCAUCCAGCUGCAUCACUUCUACCUCAGGACAGGCUGCUACAGGCAAACUGGCGUCAGGCUCUCAAAGAGAAGUAGCAUCCCCGGAGAGUCAGUGCAAGUAUUUGAAUGGCAAUAUUCAUGACAGAGCUCACGUCAAAGAAAGUCAGAAACUUCAUACCACAAACUCAGAGAGGUGUUCUGAGAAAAGAAGUUCAGGAGUACUCUCGUGUGUUCCUGCCAGUAACCAGCAGCAGAAGAGCCUCUCUAGCUACGACCAGAGUAGCUGCAGGAAGGACUCACAUGGUGAGCAGGGCAAACGUAGCACGGAGGCAAGGAGAAGGAAGAGCCGUUCGUGUAGCAGCGUAAACAGUGACGACAGUAAGGGUAGACGAGAGAGAAGCAGGCACAGGAGAGAUGGGAGCAGUUACCAGGAUGAAAAGCGCAGGAAGGAGAGGAGGUAUUACAGACGCUCUAGCAGAAGUUACAGUCCUCGACGAAGUUACAGUCCUCGUCGAAGAAGCGUAAGCCCCAGACGUUCACGUUACAGAAGAAUUCGCAGUAGCGAACGUAAACGAGACAGGAGAGAGAGGAGUCGUAGUCGCAGAAGCUUGAGCAGGAAGCGAAGAUACAGGAGGAGAUCACUGAGUAAGCAACGGAGUACUUGGAGUGGGUAGUGGAGGCCUGGACUGUUUGGAAAGGCUGUGGUUGGACACAAGGGCCAGAAAGUUGUAAACGAGACCUCAUUGGUGUGACUGCUGUAAGAAAGUGCUUCUGUUUCAACCAAUGCCUGAUUUGCAUAUAGUCCCUGAAAUCAAGAAAAUAGAUACCUGAUUUUUUUUAAGUUCUUUUGGGCUCUGUUGUCUCUUUCUAGGUUUCUACCACAAUGUAGCUGUAAUCACCUGUGCAUGUGCUUGAGUUCCUACAGUGCUAAAAGCCGACCCGUUUCCACAAUUUUCAGUUUCCUAAAUCUUAAUUUUAGCCAAUUUAGUUUUUCAUCUCUUCAUCACUUAAUUUGGUUUGAGAAGUGUAUGGGUGCCAGUUGUAGGAACUCCAGAUGUUAAAAGCUAUCACAUACAGAUUUGAUUUAAAACGCUUUCUGGUGCACUUAAUGAAAUUGUAUUUAACAAAGAGUUUUUUGCUGAUUGAACCAGAUAGCAAGACUUUCGUAUGGUUCUUAAAGCCGACUAUAAAGAUACACAGGAUAUCUUUUUACCUGCUAUGAUUCCUUCAUAUGUCUGUAUAGUGCCAAGCUGUGUGGCCCAAAUUAUUCUGGCAUGUACUGCCAUUUGUAUAGUAAUUUCCGUGUAAGAAAGGCACACUGAUGAAGGAGGCAAGAAGCAGUGGUAAAAAGGUUGAAAAGUUGUUCUGUUGUUUUGUCAACAUACUUGGCUUUGUAAUUACUCCAGGUGGCGAAGAGCCACUGGACACAUUUUUUCAGGUACGUGCAGAGCUAGCCAUUGUCUUUUGGAAUAGGGGCCUUCUUGCUAAAUUAUUUUUACUUGCGGUGUUGAAAAGUAAGGCUGCAGUGUCUCUUGUUAAAUCCAUUUAAGAAUACUUUUGCUUCUAAAAUGCAGCUCAGGAAUAUUAAAAGCUAUAACAUUACAGUGAAAGAGUUUAUUUUGCCUUUUUAUGGUAAAAUUAAAAAAAAAUGUUUCCAGUGAACUGAAGUUACUGUUUUUAUAUGUCAGUAUAUUAAAAUCUAUGGACGUGUUCUAUGAGAA